GAACUGCAUUACCGGUCCACCGCCAGUCUUGAAACUGACAUGAUAGUCGAUACAGUCAAUAGACGACAAACUUGAGUCAAUAAUUCAUCUUAUUUUAACAUAUAAUCAUAAUAAUAAUUAAAAAAUCUCUAUUCCGUUGUGCAUAAUUGACUCAAAUUCCAAUUUCAAUCUCACCUAUCAAAAACAUUUCAACAUACUGUAACAAACUCAAAUUCCAAUUUCCAUGGAGUCUGAUCCAUCAUCAUCUUCAAACGGUUACCUGUUCAUUCUCAAAGGACUCUCUCUUCUUCCAAUCUGGCAUUACCUCCUCAUCUUCACCACUCUUCUCAUAUGCUUUCUCUACAAUUUCCUCGAAAUCCAUUUCUUCGAAGAUCUCUUCACCGGAUUCUCAGGCUCCCCUGUUGACUUUACCUACAACUCCUCCUCAGAAAUCUACAGCGCCGUUGUUUCAAAGUGCCGGAUUCUUCACGGAAGAUAUUCUGUCACGCCCUGGCUUUCCAGUCCUCAUCUUCAAACGGUUUUUCUCAACUUCUUUGGUAGACCUCCGGUUUUCAGUUACAAAAGACAAUUAUUUACUACUUCUGAUGGUGGAACCCUUGCUUUGGACUGGGUAAUUAACUCUGACGAUUCUAGCAGUGUUGUAAAUAAAGAUGAAUCUACUCCCAUUGCUAUUUUGAUUCCUGGUUUAACAAGUGAUUCUUCAGCUCCUUAUCUAAAGCACCUUGCAUAUCAUACGGCAAAACGCGGAUGGAAAGUUGUUGUUAGUAAUCACCGAGGACUUGGAGGUGUUCCAAUCACGUCUGAUGUUUUCUACAAUUCUGGAUGGACUGAGGAUACUCGCACAGUUGUUAAUUAUCUCCACAAAGAGAAUCCCAAGGCACCUUUGUUUAUGGUUGGAAAUAGUGUUGGAGCUAAUAUUCUGGUAAAAUAUCUUGGUGAGGAAGGUGAGAAUACUCCGGUAGCUGGAGCUGUAGCAAUUUGCUCUCCUUGGGACCUUUUGAUAACUGAUAGAUUUAUAACUCGUGCUCCUGUGCAAAAGUUUUAUGACAAAGCACUAACAGGUGGCCUUCAAGAUUUUGCAAAAUCACACCAGCCUAUAUUUUCUCGGCUUGGUAAUUGGGAAGGGAUAAUGAAGGCAAUUUCUAUUCGAGAUUUUGAUGACCAUGCCACUCGUUUGUUUGCAAAGUAUGAGACUGUUGAUACGUACUAUAGACGCUGCAGCAGUACUCCUUAUGUGAAAUCUGUAGCAAUUCCGCUUCUCUGUAUUAGUGCUCUUGAUGAUCCUGUCUGUACCAAGGAAGCCAUUCCAUGGGACGAAUGCAGGUUAAAUAAAAAUAUUGUGUUGGCCACUGUAAAGCAUGGAGGACAUUUGGCUUUCUUUGAAGGAAUAACUGCGUCUAGCCUGUGGUGGGUAAGAGCUGCUAAUGAAUUUCUUGAUGUACUACACUCUAGCCCUUAUAUGCAUGAACAGAAGCAGGUCUCUAAACCAAAGGCACCAUUAGACUCGUCGAUUGAUCAGAGCCCUUAUAUCAAUGUUACCCAAGAUGGAAUGGUGGCUGCAUUGGACAGUGAACCAACAACAGAAAACCAGAAGAAAAACAAGUAAAACAGGAAAUGCAUCAGCAUCACGACACGGUCCAGAAGAAUACUUUAACAAAUUUGGUGAGUUAGGGACAGUGGCAUUGCACAAAUAAGCAUUACAGCACAAUGCCUCUUGAAUUUUGAUGCGUAGGCUAGUUAUUUCGACCAAAUUGAUGGUCCAUCUGAACACUGAUUAUAUUGCUGUUCCCAUUUACCAUACAUUGGCAUUGAGACAGUACUUGUCCUCUUUCCUCUUUAGUAAAAUUCAUUUCUAAUAAAAAUAUGUUAUUGGCACUGUGCUUAUUACAUUUACAGUUCAAUAACAUACAUAAAUAUGAGCAGAAUUUAAUCAAUAGCACCAAUACUCCUUAUCCAACA